AUGGCGGAAUCGAAGAAGAACGAUAUCGUACAUUCACCGCUCGUCACCUAUGCUUCCAUGAUUUCUCUCCUCACGCUUUGUCCUCCUUUCGUAAUUCUACUAUGGUAUACAAUGACGGUUGCGGAUGGAUCAGUUUUGAACACUUUCGAUUACUUUAGGAAUAACGGUUUUCAAGGUUUUGUUGAUUUAUGGCCUAAGCCUACUCUUCUCGCUUGCGAAAUUAUAGCUGUUUAUGGUGUUUUUGAAGCCGCACUUCAGCUUCUUCUUCCUGGUGAAACUGUUUACGGCCCUAUUUCUCCCACUGGCAAUCGACCUGUUUAUAAGGCAAAUGGUGUUGCUGCGUAUUUAGUCACCUUGGUUACUUAUGUUGCUCUUUGGUGGUUUGGGAUAUUCAACCCAACAAUCGUUUAUGAUCAUUUGGGAGAGAUAUAUUCAACACUCAUCUUUGGGAGCUUAAUCUUUUGUGUUUUCUUAUACAUAAAAGGUCAUUUGGCACCAUCUUCUACUGAUUCUGGCUCAUCUGGGAACAUAAUCAUUGAUUUUUACUGGGGGAUGGAGCUAUAUCCACGCAUUGGAAAAUAUUUUGACAUAAAAGUUUUCACAAACUGCAGAUUUGGAAUGAUGUCAUGGGCUGUUCUUGCACUUACCUAUUGCAUAAAGCAGUAUGAAGAAAAUGGGAAAGUAGCUGACUCAAUGCUUGUAAGUACUACACUGAUGCUGGUGUAUGUAACCAAGUUUUUCUGGUGGGAAGCUGGAUACUGGAACACAAUGGAUAUUGCACAUGAUCGAGCUGGAUUUUAUAUUUGCUGGGGCUGUUUGGUUUGGGUUCCAUCUGUGUAUACAUCUCCUGGAAUGUACCUUGUCAACCAUCCAGUAAAUCUUGGCACCCAGCUAGCACUCUUUAUUUUAGUGUCCGGCAUUCUGUGCAUAUACAUCAACUAUGAUUGUGACAGGCAAAGGCAAGAGUUUCGUAGAACAAACGGAAAAGGCUUGGUCUGGGGAAGAGCUCCGUCAAAGAUAGAGGCCUCAUAUACUACUACUUCCGGGGAAACAAAAAAAAGCCUUCUUUUAACAUCUGGAUGGUGGGGGUUAGCUCGUCAUUUUCAUUAUGUCCCUGAAAUACUAGCUGCAUUCUUCUGGACAGUCCCAGCUCUUUUCAGUCAUUUUUUGCCUUACUUCUAUGUGAUAUUUCUCACCAUCCUUCUUUUUGAUCGAGCGAAGAGGGACGAUGAUCGAUGCAGAUCCAAGUAUGGAAAGUACUGGAAACUCUAUUGUGACAGGGUACCUUACAGAAUCAUUCCAGGAAUAUAUUGA